UAUAGGCAUGCCAGUGACUACUGUUCCAGGUCCUCUACUUAGUCGACUAUUAAUAUGUAAUAGCAUAAAACCUGACAUCUUGGCAUUAGCAUUAAACAUCUGUUUAAGGCCAUUAAAAGCUAAAUCGCCAUUAAUUUUAGAUCAAAGUAAUUCUAAAAACCAUAUGAGAAGUGAUAAAAAAAAUUUAAAUUAUGCUUUAACAAGUGAACGUCGUGCUGAAGAACAGAAACAACAGGUGAUUAAGCUUGGUGAAACCGCCAAGCAUAAGCUACCUUCUCCGUUAAAGCUCAAUAUAUUGAGGGAGGAAAGAAGAUUUUAUCUAAAUAGUUUAAUGGCUUUGAUUCAGCCUUACGUGGUAACAUCCAAAUAUAAUUGGAUUGUAGUAUCAGUAACAGGCUUUGUGAACUUUAUUAGGAUAAAAUUAACAGUCGAGUUCAAACAGAAUUUAUUUGAAUAUGUGGUGGGCAAAAAGCAUUAG